AAUCCCAUCUUAAUCAUCUUCUCAUUUCUACACACGAUCAUAAAAUCCCCUCCGGUAAUUUGUGGGAUUUUCCCAAUUCGUUCCUAGAAAGAUUGUUCGUACGUUUUCUUGAUCUUUCAAAUUCCCCCAAAUGGAGACUCCAUCAUCGUCAACCAGGAGAGUGACCCGAUCUCAGGCCAAAGCUGCUGCUUCUGCAAAUGCCCUCCCAGCCAAUAACAUCCCCAUUUCAAAGAUGAGACUGGAAGAGUGUGAAAGCAAGAAAGGGGAUAAAUGCAGACAGAGAAAUGCCCGGAACAAUCAGCAUCAGCAGCAGCAAGAGAGAUGUGCUCUGAUUGACAUAACAAACGACUCACCCAUUAUAGGGCUGGCAAUGGGGAGUGUGACGCCAUCAUCUUCAAUGGCGAUGGGGAAGAAAAGGGCAAUGAUGAUGUCAACAACUACCGCUACUCCCGGAUCCGGGGAGGCUCUUCUGAGAGGCCAAGUCAAGAACUUGCUUCAGAAGGUUGAAGAAGAAAAAUCCCAUCUUUUUCAACUCCCAAGGGGAAACGACAACAACAACAAUAAUAACAGACCUUUCCUUGUUCAUCUUCAAAGCCCUAUGAAUCUUCUUGCCCCAACGCCUGCAAACACUCCCCAUCUAAACCCCUCUCAGAAUCUCCCGCCUUCUCUCACUCCAACUCCUGUUCAAGACAAAUUCACCAUCUCUCAGAUUAUUGUGAAUGGGAAAGAGGAGUGUGAAGCUGAGGAGGAGAUGAAGGUGACAAGGUCACUGCUGCUGGAAUUCUCAGAGAAAUUGGAGGGUUCAGAUUCUUCAUCAAUGGUGACAAAUGAGACUGUGAUAACAGCACCAGCUGGAGCUGGGGAUGAUGAUGCUUCUUCUUCUCGCUGGUCAAUUCAGGCCAAUGCUGCAAGUGGGAGUACCAUUGAUGAAGAAGAAGAGUGGGUUGAAGAUGAAGAAUUUCCAGAAGAAGAAGAAUGGGUUGAUGAUGAUUUUGAAGAAGAAGAAGAAGGUGAGGGGAAGAUUGUAUGCAAUGGAGGAGAUCUUGAAGAGCUGUGCCAGGGGAUGAAGAAGAUGGGCUUCAAUGGCGCAGGGAAGCACGUGAGGUUUGUGUACAACAGUGACGGCGAGAUUGAAGGCACGGUGGCGGCGGCGGCAGUGGAGGAGGAGGAGGGCUGCUGCGGCGGUGCUCUGGUUCUGAAGGGCUUGCCACCGCCUAGUGGAAAGCACCUCCGUUUCCAUGAAGAAGAGGAUGAAGAAUAAAGGCACAAAAUCCAGUCUUUAUUAAAAAAAAACCUCCCUG